AUGCAAUACAGAUACUUGCUCGCCGGUGCCCUUGCCACCUCCGUCGCCGCCUUCUCGAACACCACCGACACUGAACCCCAGACUGUCACCGAGAUUGGCUCCACCAUCCACACCGUGAUCACCAUCACCUCGUGCGAAGACAACAAGUGCAACGAAAAGACCGUCCCCGCCACCCACUCGAUCGUCACCAAGACCAUCGACUCCGUGGAAACCGUCUACACCACCUUGUGCCCCAUCGAAACCGGCAAGCAACCCGCCCCUGCUCCUGGUCCUACCGGUGAACAAGGUCAACCCCCCGCUGAAGGUGAAAAGACCACCGAAGGCCAACCCCCUGCUCCUGCUCCCACUGGCGAACAAGGCCAAGGUAAACCCCCUGCCCCUGCCGCCCCUGAGAACAACAACAACAAGUCUCAACCCCCCGCCCCUGCUCCCACUGGCAACGCCAGCCAAGGUCCUGCUCCUCACUCCUCUGCCCCUGCCCCUGCUGCCCCUGCUGCCCCCGAGAACAACAACAACAAGUCUCAACCCCCCGCCCCUGCUCCCACCUCGGCUGCUGAGGAAACCAAGGCCCCUGCUCCUGCUCCCACUGGCAACGCCAGCAAAGGCCCCGCUCCCCUUACCACUGCUACCACUGUUGCUGGCCCCGAAAAGUCUGCCCCCAUUCAACAACAACAACAAACGUCGGCUCCGGGUGUCCCUGAAGUGUCGGGUGCUCUCGAAGGUGCUGCUAACGCCAACAAGCUCGGUUUCGCCAUGGGUGCCAUUGGUUUGAUCGCCGCUUUGUUGUAA